GAGAGAAGGGGAGAGGUCUUUACCCCUCAGAGACAGAGAAAGAGAGAGACAGAGAGAGAUUGAAUAUAUCUAAACUAGGGACUCUAAAGGUCAGGGGUAAAGAAGGGAGUGCAUUCCAAACAUGGCAUGUGCAAAGGCAUGGAGAUGAACGAGGAGGAUAUUUUGGGUGGGUAUCAGCAGGAAGAUCAGCUUGAUGGAGCUCGAGACUAUAGAAGGGGCAUUAUAUAUUAGAAUUCUAGCAUAUAGGCUACAGCCAAGUUUUCCUUAAGUUCCUAGUAUUGCUAAAUCCUGGAAUUAAAAAAAAAGACAAAAACUAGAACAGAUACUGCCCUCUAGAAGCUUACAUUAUGCAGAUGCUCGGAGAAACUACUGUGAAUAUUUGCAGUCAGACGAUUGUGGGGAGGGUGGCAGGGGAAGGAGCAGAGGGAAGGAAAGGUUGGGUGAUGAAAUGAAACAAGCUUUUGAAAAAUUAGAAAAAUUGACACCUUUUAUUUGGGAUUGGGACCUCAUCAACACCAUGACAUGCUGCAAAUCAAAAUACUAGAGAACAUACUGUCCUAGUAUUGUGCUUACUCAGACAGAGACAUGGUGCCAGGGUGUGGCUGGGCUCACACACAGAAGGCUUUGGUACUAGGGGCAGAGAACAGGUGCCUACUUUGUCCUCUUACGGUCACUUAUGUAUUUCUCUCCUUGCUCUUUCAGAAUUGAAAAAAUUAUGCAUUUCAGGAGAUUCUAGAGAAAGUCAAGGAAUUCUAGGAGUUUAUUAAGCCAAGGCCUUUGGUUCAUUUUCUCUGUCAAAUGAGGUGAGUUAAAUCUGCUAGCUCAGAGCCCCAAAAGAAUUUUGUAGAGAUUCAUUUAAUAAUAUCUAUAGUGUACUUUGGGCAUCCCCCCAGAAUGUGGAAUUGUUAUUCAACCUCCCUGAGGCUUCAGUGAGGGAAAUUGGGGGGUUCUUCAAAGACAGUUAAACCUUUAUUAGAUGAAAGGAAAAGACUAUGGAAUUAAUUAGAAGAAUUUUAAAUAUAAAUCACUUUAGUUAGCAAUACCCAUGUGACCUUUCAAGUCACAAGAUAAAUUCUAAAUAAUUAGAGUUUGAGUAAAGGCCGUUAACUUUACUGAAAAGGAACCGUGUCCGGAGGAGAUAAAGUGAACACAUCCUCAUAGGGCAAGAUCACUCAGAUUUAAGUCACAACUUCUCCCCAUUUGUUUGGAUCGCAUUGUUCUGGAACUUCCUGUCUUCCUCAAAUACUACUCAGUGAAAGGUGAGGUCAGCGGUCACAGCUGAGCUUUGAGAGUCAGUUUUUAAGGGGAAAGAAGUAUUUGGAUGCUCAUCAGUUCAAGUAGAGAAUAUCUAAUACAAAUUUAUUGGCCCAAUUAGCCUAAUGAGAUGAACCUUGAAGAAUUCAUAGUAUACAUAAAUCUGAAGGGGGAAAAAAAUCACACGCAGCUGACAGCUUCAAUUAUUUCCAGUUAGCUUGACAGAUCUAUAAUAAAUAACUUUUCAUCCUUUUGAGAUGGAAGCAUAGUUAAUAAUCACUUUCAUGUACCCCUUUUCUCAAUACUCUUUUUUUCCUAAAGAAACUAAACAGCUCUGGAGCCCUUGGUUAUUAUGUACCUCUAACUACAGGAGGAAAAUGCAUUUCUCAAUUAAGGAAAUAAUUUUAUUUGCAUGUAAAAUGGUGUUUGUGCAGCUUUGUUUAAGAAAAAAAAACCUGUCAUUUGUAUUCUUCCCAAGAAGAGUUCAUUUCCAUAAAACCAGUUUAUGUGACAUAGUUAUCUACAGCAUUAAAUACAUUUUAUAUCAUCAGACUUUUUAACGAUAUAUUUAAAAAAUGUAUUUCUAUUUAGCUUAAACGUGUUGGGAAUCAUCCUAGGGGACUGUGUGAAAAUGUAGUCGUUUAUUUGUAAUUGCCAGAAAAUGGUUUACAAAAUUGUUAGUGGCUUUUAUUGCAUGCGCCCUGCUCCUGGAGCACUUGCUUGUUAAUUAGAGAAAUUUCAACUGUCAUAGUCGGCAAUUAUAGCUUCUGUAUCAUUGUCUGUUAUGAAUAGUCAAUGAGGUCUGAUUAAUAUGCAUGAGCAGCAGUAUAUAGGGUGUGCAUUGGACCACAAUCCAGCAGCCUUACUACAAGCGGUAGAGGGAGUGUUGUGGACUCUGAGGAAAGGAGGGAGGAGGAGGGAAGAGGAGGGAAGCAUUCAGGAGAAAGAGGUAGCAGCUUUCCCAGCCGGCAGUGCAAUGCCAGCGUGAGCUGCUCGCCUGACUCACCUGGGCGUUCCAAAGGAUAUCUUCUCUAUGAGUGCUAAGUAACUGGGGCUGCCUCCGUGGGAGCUGCUGAAGAGAGAAGUGGCUUUCCUCGCCGAUCCGCUAAACAUGGGAUGCAGCUUGUGCAGUCUGCAGAAGCAAGAAGAACAGUACAAAUUACUGUAUGAAGUUUGUCAGGUGAAUGGGAAGGAUUUAUCCAAAGCAACCCAUGAUCAAGCUGUGGAAGCUUUCAAGACAGCCAAAGAACCCAUUGUUGUCCAGGUCUUAAGACGGACCCCUCGAACAAAGAUGUUUACUCCUUCACUAGACUCCCAGCUGGUGGAUAUGGGCACCCAAACUGACAUCACCUUUGAGCAUAUCAUGGCACUGACUAAGAUGGCAUCCCCCACCCCACCGGUAUUGGAUCCAUAUCUCUUGCCUGAAGAGCAUUCAUCUGCUCAUGAAUACUAUGAUCCAAAUGACUACAUGGGAAGCAUCCAUCAGGAGAUGGACAGAGAUGAGUUAGAACUGGAGGAGGUGGAUUUGUACCGAUUGAAUAGCCAAGAUAAACUUGGUCUCACUGUGUGUUACCGGACAGAUGAUGAAGACGACAUUGGGAUUUAUAUAAGUGAGAUUGAUCCCAACAGCAUCGCCGCAAAGGAUGGACGCAUCCGAGAGGGAGACCGGAUCAUCCAGAUUAAUGGUAUAGAAGUACAAAACCGAGAGGAAGCUGUGGCGCUUCUCACCAGUGAAGAGAGCAAGAAUGUCUCAUUGCUAAUAGCAAGACCUGAACUCCAGCUGGAUGAAGGAUGGCUGGAUGACGAUAGAAACGAUUUUCUGGAUGACUUACACAUGGACAUGCUGGAAGAACAGCACCACCAAGCUAUGCAGUUCACAGCCAGCGUGCUUCAGCAGAAAAAGCGUGAGGAAGAUGAAGUCACCACAGACACCGCCACCAUCUUGUCGAACCAGCACGAGAAGGACAGCGGCGUGGGGCGCACAGACGAGAGCACCCGCAACGACGAGAGCUCCCGCAACGACGAAAGCUCCGAGCAAGAGAACAACGCCGAUGACCACACCACGUCUUCCAAUACUCUGGGGAGUCAGAGAAAACUGACAUACAGUCAGGACACCCUUGGCAGCGGAGACGCGCCCUUCAGCAACGAGUCCUUUAUUUCAGCCGACUGCACGGACGCCGACUUCCUUGGGAUUCCGGUGGACGAGUGUGAGCGCUUUCGGGAACUCCUCGAACUCAAGUGCCAGGUAAAGAGUGCCAAUCCCUACAGCCUGUAUUAUCAGAACAGUGCCCUCGAAGUGAGCAAGAGUGACCCCGAGAGCGUGGACAGAGAGCUGGAGAUGCUGAACGAAGAGCUUCGCAACAUCGAGCUGGAAUGUCUGAACAUUGUCCGGGCUCACAAAAUGCAGCAGCUGAAGGAUCAGUAUCGGGAAUCGUGGAUGCUGCACAACAGCGGAUUCCGGAAUUACAACACCAGCAUUGAUGUCCGCCGACACGAGCUCUCGGACAUCACGGAACUCCCCGAGAAAUCUGACAAGGAUAGUUCCAGCGCCUACAAUACUGGGGAGAGCUGUCGCAGCACCCCCCUCACCCUUGAGAUCUCCCCAGAUAACUCCCUGCGGAGAAUCGCAGAGAACAUCGGCUGCCAGGGCAGCGAUGGGGCCAUGAGCGCCUCUGCCGCUUGCAAGGCGUCCCAGAGGAACCUGCUCUCUAUCACGGAGAGUCCAGAGACCAGCAGCCCCAAGUACUCCCCCUCUCCAAAAGAACUUGACCUCAGCAAACAGUUGGAGAACAAAGAGAAGAAGUCCAGUGAUGAAAGCAAGAGCCCAAGCCAGAGCCCGAAGUUAGGGGGCUCUUACCUGUCGCCCUAUCACCACUCCCCCUACAAGCACGCUCACAUCCCCGCCCACGCCCAGCACUACCAGAGCUACAUGCAGCUGAUCCAGCAGAAAUCAGCGGUGGAAUACGCCCAAAGCCAGAUGAGUCUGGUCAGCAUGUGCAAGGACUUGAACGCCUCCAACCAGUCUGAACCCCGCAUGGAGUGGAAGGUGAAGAUAAGGAGCGACGGGACUCGCUACAUUACCAAGCGCCCGGUGCGAGACCGGCUCCUCCGCGAGCGCGCCCUGAAGAUCCGAGAGGAGCGCAGCGGGAUGACAACCGACGACGACGCCAUCAGCGAGAUGAAGAUGGGGCGCUAUUGGAGCAAAGAGGAACGGAAGCAGCACGUGGUGAAAGCUAAGGAGCAGAGGAGAAGACGCGAGUUCAUGAUGCAGAGCAGGCUGGAUUGCCUGAAAGAGCAGCAAGGGGCCGAAGAAAAGAAGGAAAUGAAUAUCAUUGAACUGAGCCACAAAAAGAUGAUGAAGAAGAGAAACAAAAAAAUCUUUGAUAAUUGGAUGACGAUCCAAGAACUCUUAACCCACGGUACAAAGUCCCCUGAUGGCACUAGAGUAUACAAUUCCUUCUUAUCAGUGACUACUGUAUAA